ACAACCUGUACCUCCUCUGUUUAGGGGAGGGUCACAGGAUGGACAAAUGCGGCCAUUGCCCGGCCUUCUCUAAACAGGCCAGGAAGGAUAGGGAGAACCGCUUACGUAAGCUCCUGUGGGACCAGGCUCUCCUACAAUCGGACCGGCAGGUGGCUAAGCCUGCUACAACCUCGGCUUCACCUGACCGCCAUCUGUCUUCAGCCGAUCUGCCGCAACGUCCGGCCCCUUCCUCUGCUGCUCUGCCCUCACGCCCUUUAGGCAAAGGUGCUCCCGCCACGGUGAUCAACCUGUUUCCCCACCCAAGAAACAGCGGGAAAAGAGGAAGCACAGCGGCCCUGAGAAGCCAUCUGUGCACAAGAAGGCCAAAAGGGAUAAGGCCGAAAAACCGGCUGAAAAACCGAAGAAACCUGAGCAUUCGAAACACCAACAUUCGGGUUCGGCGGCUUCCUCAGUCCCGACCGCAGUUCCGGUACUGAUGCCUUCGGGUCCGGCCAUUCAGGUGGCGAUGAGAGUUACUCCUUCAGCCUCUCCACGCCGUACGGGAUCUGAACUGCACCAGGAUCCACCUCGUGGUUCAAUUUCCGAUGGCGAGAUUCAAGACUCCCCACCGAGGGCCCGAUCCCCGACGCCUAUGCCGCCUGUUCGACUCGACACUGGAACUGGAUUGUCCCCACCGAGAAGCCAUAGGAGCCGGUCUCCUGAAGCCUGUUCUGACGACUGGUACCAUUCCCGGUACUCUUCUGCACCAAGAUGGCCCGACUAUCCAUCUGUCGGAUACUACCCGGCUGCUAGAGGCCGAUCCUCUCCACCAGCUCCUCGGGAUCGACCUCAUUCUACAGCCUCGAGAGAAGCCGGUCACCUUGCAAGGCCCUGCAUCACCGGAAGAGCCGCACAUCUCGUUUGCUGAAUUGAUGUCCAGGCUGGUGAAGUCGCGGGAAAUCGAGGCCAGUCAACAACCUGGUCCCAGCACCGAUCGUUUCUACGAUGUAGUGCAGGGCGAACAAUCGAUCUCCAUCGCUUUACCACUCAUUACCACUCUUCAGCAAGCGAUGACCCAACCAUGGGACCUCCUGGCUCAACCUCAACCGACCUCGAGAAGAUAUGAAGCUAUGUACAGAAUUCAGGAGGGGGACAUUCCGUUCCUCCUCCGCCACCCCAAACCGAACUUGGUAGUGGUGGAAUCUUCUCAAGGCCGGGAUGCACGGGGUCACACAGCGCCCCGCGACAAAGAGGGAAGGAAGAUGGACUCUGCAUUAAUCAUGAGAAAUCUUCUCCUGUCCCUACGUAGAUGAUCAACUUUAUUGGAGCCCGGCUGGAUUCUACGGUGGCGAAGGCCUUCCUCCCUCAAGACAGACAACGCACUAUCGCUUGACACAUCCGCCGAAUUUGACGAGACGGAACUGUUCCUGCCUGAUCUGUUCAGAGACUUUUGGGGCACAUGGCAGCAUCCAUUGCUGUAGUUCCAUAUGCCAAACUUCGGCUUCGCCCCGUUCAACUGUUCUUCAACAGAAUGUUCCAGCCACAGACAGAUUUACCUACAAAGCGGAUUCGACUCCCGUCCUCCGUCCUACAAUCUCUACUAUGGUGGACGGCAUCAGAAAACCUAAACAUCGGAGUUCCGUUCCGACCUCAGUACCCUACAGUGACUCUUGGUACCAACGCGUCUCUGCUGGGAUGGGGAGCCCUGUGUUCUGGCCUAUGCACGCAGGGCGUAUGGAACAGACACGAGUCCAGGAAUCAUAUCAACUUCCUGGAACUUCUUGCAGUAUUCAAAGCACUACAAUCAUUCGAGGAUGUGCUUUGCUGUCGAGUCAUCCAGAUAACCUCAGACAACAUUGCCACAGUCUUUUACUUGAACAAGCAAGGGGGGACAAAGUCACCAACGUUAGCCCGGCUAUCGAUGCAAAUCUGGGAGUGGUGCAUACCGAGAGAUAUUACCCUGAUAGCAGUACAUCUAGCGGGUACAGACAAUGUGGAAGCAGAUCUCUUAAGCAGACACAUGUCCAAGUUGCACGAAUGGGAACUGGACCGUCAGACAUGCAACAGGCUGUUCCAGCGAUGGAGCCUCCCAGAUAUAGACCUAUUCGCCACCCAACAGAACAGGGUGUGUGAGACUUUUUGCUCGAGAGCGGGAAUCGGACAGGGGUCAUCUGGGGAUGCCUUUAUGAUCCCUUGGAACGAUAAGACAUCUUACGCUUUCCCCCCCAAUUCCCCUCAUCAUGAGAGUAAUAGAAAAGAUAAUUCACGACGGGGCCACAGGACUGCUGCUAACUCCUUGGUGGCCACGCCAGCCAUGGUUCUCGACACUUCUUUGCAUUUCUCAGGAGGAAUACCUUCAACUCCCUCCCAUUCCUUAUCUCAUAACUCAGCGGGAGGGCAUGAUCCGGCACCCGGAUCUAGCGUUGCUGAAACUGCCAGCCUGACGAAUUUGAUAGCAGUCAACGUCAGCCCAGUACCGACGCCAUCUGCAGUUCCAACUGAUCCUAUCCCUAGAUCCGACACACCAUUCCACGCUGUGAAUCCAUCUACCUCCUCUGCAUCCUUGGAUCCAACGAAUAUUCUGUCAGCUUCACGAGUUCUUCAUCCAGACAUCCAAUAUAUUCUCGAUUCUGCGCUAAGGCCGUCCACUCAAAAAAUCAUACGUGGUGAAGUGGCGUAGAUUCUCUAGUUUUGCUGAAUCUCACUCGUUUUCACCAAACUCUGCAUCCAUAGAUCAUAUCCUCCAGUUCCUUUUAGAACUCCACCAUUUUGGACUUAAACCAUCCUCCAUAAGAGUGUAUAUGGUGGCAAUUUCCUAUUACCGCGGUACAGUGCAGGGUUCUUCCAUUUUUUCUCAACCAUUGGUUAAGAGAUUUCUUAAGGGACUCUGCAACCUCCAUCCGACGGUCAGACCGCUUAUGCCUAUGUGGAGUCUUUCAGUGGUGUUACAGGCACUGACAAGACCUCCUUUCGAACCCUUGGCAACAAUUGACUUACGUCUUGUUUCUUGGAAAACUGCUUUCCUUGUAGCAGUUACUUCAGCCCGGAGAUCUAGUGAACUCUGUGCCCUCAGGGUAGACCCUCCAUUUUUGAACUUUCACAAAGAGAAGGUAGUUCUGCGAAUGGAUCCGCCUUUUCUUCCAAAAGUGGCUACGUCUUUUCACAUGGACCAGGAGAUUAUCUUGCCUGCCUUUUUCCCGUCUCCUUUGAAUCCGACUGAGAGAUCCCUGCAUACUCUCGACGUCCAGCACUGUCUAGCCUUCUAUAGAUCAAGGAUUGAGUCUAUUCGACAUUCCAAUAGGCUCUUUGUUAAAUACUUGGAACAAAAUCAAGGUUUCCCAGUUACUCCUCAGAGACUGUCCAAAUGGAUAGUUCACACUAUUACUCUGUCCUAUCAGUUGGCCAAGAUAGACUUACCUACAGUUUCCCAGAGUCAUUCUACUAGAGCUGUAGCUGCUUCCUCAGCUUUUGCGUCGGGAGUUCCGAUUGAGGGUGUCUGCAGAGCUGCCACCUGGGCUACUCCAUGUACUUUCGCUAGGCAUUAUAGACUGGAUGUUUGUGCUAGACAGGACUGCUCCUUUGGCAGAGCCGUUCUUUCAACUAUUCUUCGUUGA